GAUGGCCUUUAAACCAGGAAGAAGUUGUCGAGGUAAAGCUUCCGGUUACAGUGCCUUGUUUAAGAAUCAUUCUGACCAUUCCCGGCAAGGUGUAAAGUCUUGGGCUGUUUCUCCUGGCCGGCCGUUACAGCUUCCUUGCGAGGCGUGUGUGAGCGGCCUGGCUCGGCCUUCCUCCUCGGCAUGCUCGAGCAGAGACGGUCUUUCCCCCCAGAGUAUGACCGGCGCUUUCAACAAUGGAUGCUCCAUAUGAUGGCGGUGAAGUAACUGUAGUCAUGGAAGAGAUAGAAAGCACAUACACUUAUUCAUCCCCAGUGCCAUCUAAAAAGAAGAAGAAAUAUAGAAGUCCUGGAGAUCAAGGGGAAAAAACUAAAAAGCCCAGAUCUGCAUAUCUUCUGUAUUAUUAUGAUAUAUAUCUGAAAGUUCAGCAGGAGCUCCCACACCUUCCUCAAUCUGCAAUUAACAAGAAGAUCAGUGAGAGUUGGAGGCUGCUUAGUGUAGCAGAGAAAAGUUAUUAUUUGGAGAAAGCUAAGUUAGAAAAAGAAGGUCUAGAUCCGAACUCAAAGUUGUCUUCCCUGACUGCUGUAGUUCCAGAUAUUCCAGGUUUUCGUAAAAUCCUCCCUCGUUCUGAUUACAUAAUUAUUCCUAAAGGAAGUCUGCAGGAUGAGAAAAAUAAGCCACACGUGGAACUUCAUGUGACCCAGGGCCAAACAGCACUGGAAGGACAAACAGCUGCUACUAAUGUCACAAGUGUUUCCCAUAGUACUGUGCAGAACAUACUUUCAGUGGACUCCAGCCAAAUUGGCAUUUCUGAGCAGUGCAUUGCCAUUGAAGGGGUAUCUGAAGAUUCCACCUCAUUUGUUCAAGCAGAUACAAUAGAAGAAGUUGUCGCAUCAGAGAUCUUGUCUCGUUAUGUCAGACCUGCUGCACAUAAAGUGGCUGGCGAUAUCUUCCUGGAUGAGGAGGCCCCUUUAGAAACAGGCGAUGGAUAUCCCUGCCAAGCAACCAGUGUGGUUAUUGAAGAAACUUUGGUUAACACCUCAGAGGCAGCAAAUGGGAGCAUGACUGUGGCACAGCCACAGGCUUCACAUGGCCUUUCUGUGGUAACAGUGGUGACUAGGAGAGAUAGACAAGAAAGUAAUUCUGCAAGCCCCACUGCACAGUUCAUUAUGAUGCCUCUUACAGCCCAUUCUGUUUUGGAAAAUCCAGCAUCAAUCAAACUGACAACUACUUACACUCGGAGGGGGCACGGAAAUUGCACCAAUCCUGGCUGUGCCUUUACUUACGUUACCAGACAUAAGCCACCAAAAUGCCCCAUGUGUGGAAACUUUCUGGGAGGGAAGUGGAUCCCUAAGGAGAAACCUCUAAAAGGCAAAUCUGAACCAGGUUCAGGGCUACCGAUAAAAACCUUGGGCCUGAAAAAGAAUCAACUACCAUUAACCUUUGGACAAGCAUUGGUUCAAGAUAAUUCUGCUAAAUGUGUGCUAGAAAGUUCAGAAGCAGUUACCCAGCUUCUCAAAGCAUCCCCCAUUGAGGGGCAAAUGCAGGAGACUGAAUGGGAAGAAGUGAUAAUCUCUGAGGCUCAUAUUCUUGCAAACAAUGUACAGUCAGAAGAGCAAGGAGGUGCCACUACCAUUAUUCAGCUUCAGAAGAGCCUUGCACAGGUAGAGCCAUCGUUAGAACAGAAGGAGAGAGAAAAUGAGCCAUCUGCUGAGACAACAAAUGUUCCCAGUCCUAUUUCACACCCAACUUCUACUGUGAAAAAUACAACAGGCGGUGAUGCGGUUGGUGCUGUACCUAAGGGUAUGGAGCAGAAGAGCAAAGCAAAACCCAAGCCUUCCUUGCUGGCUGCUGCGAGACCCAUGAGAGCCAUUUUGCCCGCUCCUGUUAGAUUGGCAAAAGAAACUAACCAAGAACAGAUCUCUUGCGGACAGUCAUUUAGAAACAGUGAAGAAAGUUCCCCAAUAAGAAUCUCAGGAUUAAAGCCAAAUACUCUGAAGCAGCUGGGUCAGAAUCCUAUUCAAGCAUCCAGUGCUGAAGAUCAGAAGCUUCACUGCAGCACAAAUAGUUCAACAUCUCAGGUCAAAGUGGUGGAGGUCAAGCCAGAUGUUUUCCCUUCUUAUAAAUAUAGCUGCACUGUAACCUUGGAUUUGGGAUUGGCAACCUUACGUGGCAGAGGGAAAUGCAAGAACCCUUCUUGCACUUAUGUGUAUACUAAUCGGCACAAGCCAAGAGUCUGUCCCCGUUGUGGCUACAACCUUGCCAAAGACAGAACUGAGAAAGCAGCAAAAUCUGUGGAAGUAACUUCUAGCCCUGCACAUGUACUAAAUACCAAUGAACCUCUAAUUCAGUCUCAAAAAGAGAUCCAGCGCCAGUCCACUCUGCAACUUCUACGCAAAGUAAUUCAGAUCCCUGAAAAUGAAUCUGAACUCUCAGAUGUUUUUGCACUGAUUCAUGAGCUCAAUAGCUCACGGCUCAUCCUGUCUAACAUGAACGAAGAAACGGUUACCAUUGAGCAGACUUCCUGGUCAAACUAUUAUGAGUUUCCUUCUUCCCAAUGCCUUCUCUGUAACAGCCCUUUAUUCAAAGGAGGGCCAAACUCCCUUGCAGGCCCUCAGGAAUGCUGGUUGUUAACAGCUAAUCGGCUGCAAGUCGUCACUGCCCAGCUCAAGGUGUGUGUGAAUGUGCAGUGCUUGGCCCUUCACAGCUUCAGUGAUAUCUACACUGGUUUGUUUAAUAUUGGUAAUAAGCUUUUAGUGAGCCUAGACCUUCUGUUUACAAUAAGAAACCAUAUAAAACUUGGUGAGGAUCCUAAAGUGACAAUUAGCAAGAUUUUGGAAACUGUGCAGGAAUACACAGAGAGAAACCUGAGUACUGAAGAGGGGAAUCAACUUGAGGAACUGCUGUGCAAUGGAUACUGGGCCUUUGAGUGCCUCACUGUCCGAGACUACAAUGAUAUGAUCUGUGGUGUCUGUGGCAUUGCACCAAAAGUUGAAAUAGCUCAGAGGAACGUGGAAAGUGUUUUGUCACUGAAAAACAUUGAGUUUACCUGGCCAGAAUUCUUGGCAUCUAGUGAAGUAAAUGUGGAAGAUUUUUGGUCAACCAUGGAGACAGAAGUCAUAGAACAAGUGGCCUUUCCCUCCAGUAUACCUAUCACAAAGUUUGAUGCCUCCAUCAUAGCUCCCUUCUUUCCACCACUAAUGAGGGGCACCAUAGUAGUCAACACAGAAAGGGAGAAGAAUCUUGAAUCGCAUGUAAUCCCAGGUAAUGCAAGUGUUCUAGUGAGGCUGAUUCAGGAUGAAAUUUGUAAAGUGGAACAGAUUGGUUCCUACGGUGAGGAAGAACUGCAGAAUUUCUUGACACAGUGCAGCAUUCCUUGGGAGGAGGGCGACUCCAAGGAACAGCUAUGUCUUUCUCUUCUGGCUCUUUAUGAUUUUGUACAGAAUGGGACACAAAUAAGUCAGCCUCCAGAAUUCCUAACAGGAGGGAAAAUCUACAAAGUGUGUCCACAUCAGGUUGUAUGUGGUUCAAAAUAUAUUGUCAGAGGGGAAAGUCCCCGGGACCAUGUGGAUCUACUAACUUCCUCACGUCACUGGCCACCAGUCUAUGUAGUAGAUAUGGCCACUUCCGUAGCAUUGUGUGCAGAUAUCUGUUAUCCUGACUUGACUGCUCAGAUGUGGGGAAGAAACCAGGGCUGCUUCUCUGACCCUAUGGAGCCUUUAAAGUAUGUGUCCUGCCCAGAACUCCUUGACAGGCACUACAAUGUGGAUACAACCACUGAUGAACAUUCUGUAGAGCAUCCAAUCACUAAAUCAACAUCUCGCUUUGUAGUUCACACUGGGACAGAGCAGAAGACUCAAAGUGAUCCACUGGCUCGACACCGUUCCCUCUCUCUGUGCCGGGAAUUGGAGCCCUAUGGUGCUAUCAUUACAGCCAUCAAUGACAGCAAAACCAGUAAUGUCCGCCAAAACCCUAUAGCAUUUGACAGUGCAACCCACUAUUAUCUCUACAAUCGUUUGAUAGAUUUCCUCUCCAGUCGUGAGGUUGUGAACAGGCAGAUCCACGAAAUUGUUCAAAGCUGCCAACCUGGUGAGGUUGUAAUCCGGGACAAUCUAUAUCGUCUCGGUGUUGCCCAGAUCAAGACAGAAAUGGAUGAAGAUGAGAUACAAGAAGAAGAAGAAGAAGGUGUUGUCUAAUGUAUUGUGAGAUUAUCAUCCCUGAAUCAUACAUAAUAGCUAAGCAGUUUGUUACAGAAAGUUCCAAUCCAGCACAGAGCUAAGAGUCAUGGCCUAUUGAUUGGGCUUCUGAUCUGUAGACAGAUUGGUAUUGAAGAACAAAUUUCUCUUUUCAAGAGGCUGGGUAAAGCUAGAAGCAACCCAGGAUAAUCGUUCAAAGACAGAAGAAUUUUCUAUUGCUGACAAGAGAAAGAAAACAAAUAUACAGAACAUUACUUUUUUAAAAGUGCGCAUGUUGCUGGAAAUGCAUAAAAGUGUGGGGAAACCCAGCAUAAAACAAGUAUGACUGCUCCAAUAUUCUGAACUAUCUUCUUCAUAGAUUGAAGAAUAUUUGGAACCUAGAUCUUUAUGUUUCUAUUCUGAAAAGACUUGAAGUUUGACUUGGGCAUUGGUGGCGUGAGAGUUUAUCUGCUUCUUCAGCUUGUUCUGUGUCAAUCUGACAAAACCACACAUUAUUUAAUGGUUGAAAGCUAAACUGGCUUGCAUAUUAAGUUAUAAGCUGCUAGAAGCAUCAUUGCCCUGGCUAGCAUGGUUAUUUCAAAGGUUCUUCAGGGGUUUAUAUGUUUUGGAUAAAGGAUAUGGUCUAAUGGCCAGACGGGGAUAUUCAGGCACUUUACUUUAUAAUCCAGUUAAUGGACUUAAUUGUUUAUUCCUCUGACCACAGAUGCUACUAAAGAUAUUUGUGGAAUAAUGUGGUUUCCAUGAAUACAAUCUCAUGUUUUUUCUAAUUAUUUUUAUGGCUAAAAUUGUUAGACAUGCAACAUAACACUUACCUUUAAGGGCCACUUGGAAACCACUACAUACUCCACUAUUCCAGUGUUAUAAAUCUGACUUGUAUGAUUUCAUACUGUCAUAGUCAAUUAUAUUGUUUUUCCUGUGUAAUGUGCUGAGCCAUGAUGUGUAAGCUCUACACAGUUCACUGAUUUGUGUUUAUUCUUAGCCAUCUAUAAAUUUACAAAGGAAAACAAAAUAGAUUUCUGCUACCAUUGAAAUGUGGGGAAACAUUUCCUGACUGAGGUGAAGUUUUCCACUAUGUUUCUUCAGAUUUGUGGUGUGGAUUUAAAAAUCUCUUCUAUGAAGAGUUCUAGUGUGUACUGUGCUGUAAAAACAACAACAACAAAAAGAAACUUAUUGAAGUUCUGAGCAAAACAUACGACUUGCUGUUUAAAAUGCUAAUUUAUGAAAUACAGUUUUUAAGACAGUGGUAAACUUUAAUAAAUUAUCUCUUCCUGUGUUGGAGAGUGAAACUAUUUGGACAAAUGAGUUUUCCUUAUUUUGUAGUUUCAGGAGUUUGAAAGGUGCGGGGAAAGAUGCCUCAUUCUGUUGCUAAAGAAUAGAGUUACCAAUCCAUAUGGUGGAGUGUUUAUCAAUUGUUUGCAUGGAAAAUAUUAAUUUUAGAUGUGUUGAAACAGUAUUAAUAUUUUAUUGUCUUUGAAAACAACCCUACAGAAUCCAUUGGUGCUGAAUUUAAAUUGCUUUCGUUAUAGCACUUAAAGUUUGGGUAAUUCGAGCCAGCAUAAAUGCAUGUUUUGUUUUCUUAACUUUAUAAUCUGAGUUCAUUUAGACGUUAUGAAGGAUAAAAACUGAAUAUGAAUGAUUUGUAUCUAUUUUUAAUAUUCAAUUAGAUUUUGCAAAUCUCAUUUAUUAUGACAGGUUAAUACACUCCACAAAUGAUUUGCAGAUCUAGUUUAGCAGGUCAUGCAUACUGCUUAUGCUUCUAUUUUUUUCUCUCAUUCAAAAAAUUAAAUGUGCUUUUAUUCUACAGUUUUGUUUUAUUGUGUCUGUCUGGAAUAGUAUUAUUAAUUUCAGUGGUUUCUAAACUAAAGAAACAUAUUCUGAGUUUCAUCUAUUAAUUAUUCCACUCUUGUAGUACUGAACUAUUUCACUUCCCACUGCUCAAACAGCAGAGGGGGCUAUCAGUGCUUCAACAUUCAGGAUAGAAUAAUGCUUUCUAUAUUCUUGGUUAUUUAUUGAAAGGAUCUGUAUGACUGCUCAUGUUAUAUAAAGUAACUCUGGGUAGCUAACAGGUAAACAAGUAACAAUAUAAUACAAAACUUUAUCAUAUCACCAAACAUAAAAGUUCCAUCCCAAAACCAAAAAAUGACAGGCUUUCUCUCCCCCCCCCCCUUCCCCAGGUCCUAGAAGCCAUAUUAAACAUAAUUAUAUAAGAGUGUAUAAACUCAGACAAUUAAGUUGCUGGACUUUGUUUCUUAACACAAUUAAUUAACUUAACUAGUGCUGCAAUUAAUAUAAUCUGGUAUUUACUAUUGGGAAUUUGUACAAAUCAGCCUUGUAGCUUACUGCUUUUUCUCAGUAAUGCAAAGGGCAGAUAAAUACUAGAAACUAAAAGAUCAGUUUAAUCACAGAAUAAGGAAUGAUAAGAGUAAUAAAAUGUUUACACGGGAAAUUAAAAAAAAAUUGCAAGUUACUUGAUCAAAUUGAUUUAUUUUUCAUGAUAGUUUAAUUACAAAUAAAUUCACAUUUAUGCAAUUGUUAACACAAAGAUGCUUGAAACAGCAGUUAAUUUUUUAAUAACAAUCUGGCAAUAACUGAGCACUAGUAAUCUUGGUUACCUGGAGUUUUGUGCAGUAAAUAAAGCAUGUUACCUGUCCUUAAGUCUAUCAAUGGAUUUUGUAAUUUACAUAAAGACAAUUGUGGCUAAGCGCCAUGAAUAUUCCCUUUCAUUUGUGUGAGCUUCAGGGAUGACUGCUUAGCAAAGUGAAUAAUCUUUUACAUAAAGCCUGUGUAAAAAUUAUUAAACAGAGCAAUUAUUAAACUGGUUAAAUUGUUACAAUUAUUUAGAGCUGUUCAGGUCUACUACAAGUUUUAAAGUCAUCGCUGUGGGAAACAAACAGUAGGAGAACCUCUUUUUAAAUAGAAAAAGAAUGCAUGGACUUUGUAAACAAUUUUAUGGGCUCCAUGAACUUCGUAAACAAUUGUUCUGCUUUAAUAAUUCUAAAGAGUAGUGCUUUUCACAGCCUUAUCAAAUAGAAGUGGAGCUCAAAGAUAGUAAAACAUCUGUUCCAGCAACUUGUGUGUAAGAGCUGCAAUACGUAUAGAUACCACAGUGUUUCAGGUAUACUGUGUAGAAUGCAUGCUAUGAAACAAACACUUGUUAAAUGUCUCACACCGAUUGCCCAUUUGUCCUCUUAAUAGGAUAUUUUUAAAAUCCUUUAUUUAUAAAAAUAGCUUGGAAAAAAUACCUAACGCCAGUAGUCUUAUGUUGUCAGUAGUAGUUUGCUUUCCCCUCUUGAGUUUUUAGAACACUAUGUAGCUAUGCUUUUUCUCAAUAAUGCAAAGGACAGGUAAAUACUAAAAAUUAAAAUAUCAGUUUAAUCACAACAUAAGGAAUGAUAGAGUGAAAAAAAUCCUACAUAAUAAUAAAGACUAUAUCUAAUACGAUAAAAAGCCUGACUGAAAUAAUAUUAGAAUUUUGCCAUCUGUUUGUCUUCUGAUCCUGCUGAGCUCUAGUAUGUUAAAUGAUACUCGGAAAUGGAAUGGCAGUUUGGUAGCUCAUUGAAGUGGCAAGAUGACCACUUUCAGCUCAUAACUUAGCAGCUGUGUGGUGUAACUGAGAUUCCAAUUAAGACUUCAAACGCUGCCUACUGACUAAUAUGUUACAAUAACCUAAUAUGAAGAUAGAAUGUAGCUGCAUCUUAAUUCAAAAGUGUUUCACUGAGCUACAAUUUCAGAUGCUACUACUCUUUUACAAACUCGCAUUACUCUAAUUUAGUAUUAUGUGAAGGAUUAGAUUCUCCUUACACCUGUUGGGAAGACUGAGUGGCAUCAUCUUUCCAUCAAAUAAGCUGUCCAUCAAGAGAUGGACACUAUUUUCCAGACUAAGCUAGUAGUCAAAUUAAGCUAGUAUUGUAAUAUAUACGUUAAACUCUAGAAUGAUUGAUAACAUGGAAAGUAGAGGAAAAGUAGAGCUUCCAUUUUACCAAUUAUUCUAAAGUUGAACACGCAAUUUCGUAUUUUGACCCUUCCAGGAUGUGACCCGAAAUAAUUUGCACUUAUUCUUUAUUCCCAUCUAAUAGGUAAAAACAUUGAAAA